AUGGAAGAGCUAGCUAGAGAGAGCAUUAGCUUACUGGCCAAACCCGCGCUGGCCGCUGACGGCCCCAGCCUGGGCUCCUUCGGGGCGAUGGUCAUCAUGCUGAAGUCCGCUCUGGGGGCAGGACUGCUGAACUUUCCGUGGGCUUUCGCCCGGGCCGGAGGAAUCCACUCUGCUCUCACCGUGGAAAUGAUGUCUCUUGUGUUCCUCGUUAGUGGACUGGUCAUCCUGGGGUACUCGUCUUCUAUCAGCGGACAGAGCACAUACCAGGCUGUGGUGCGACAUGUGUGUGGGCCUGCCAUAGGAAAGCUUUGUGAGAUCUGCUUUGUCUUCAACCUCUUCAUGAUCUCUGUGGCCUUCCUGAUUAUAGUGGCAGACCAGCUUCAGAAAUUGUGGGUCUCUAUAUAUGAGGUAAUCACAGGCUCAAGUGAAAGUGAGAUGCCUCAUCAUUGGUACACAGACCAGAGGUUUACUCUCCUCCUCUUAUGUCUCUUCCUCAUCCUCCCCCUCUCCAUUCCUAAAGAAAUUGGGAUACAGAAGUACACCAGUGUGUUAGGAACUCUAGCUGCCACAUAUUUGACUGUAGCAAUCAUUGUAAAAUAUUAUACAAGAGUAAUUCCUGAGGUCCACCUGUCACCUAUAUACAGCAGUGGGAUAAGCACCUGGGCCUCGAUGUUCAGCGUCAUUCCCACUAUCUGCUUUGGCUUUCAGUGUCAUGAGGCCUGCAUUGCCAUCUACAGCAGUAUGGAGAAUAAGAAGCUCUCUCACUGGGUCAUCAUCUCUCUGGUGUCGAUGUUCUUCUGUCUUGUCAUUUACUCCCUCACUGGAAUCUAUGGAUAUCUCACCUUUGGGAACAAUGUUGCCGCUGACGUUCUGAUGUCCUACAGUGGAGAUGAUGUCCUCAUGAUCAUUGCAAGAUUGCUGUUUGGAGUCUCAAUCAUCACCAUCUACCCUAUUGUUCUACUACUUGGAAGGUCAGUGAUUCAGGAUCGGCUACUGAAGUGCAGAGGGAAACACCUCAUGGUGACUAAUUCCUUUGAGACCUGCACCAGAGUCGGCCUCACCAUAAUGUGGGUUGUCUCCACUCUUCUCAUCGCAGUGUUUGUCCCAGACAUCAGCAAAGUUAUCAGUGGAAUUGGUGGGAUUAGUGCAUUCUUCAUCUUCAUUUUCCCAGGGCUUUGUUUAAUAUUUGCCAUGCAGUCACAGCCUGUUCCAGCGAGACUAAGGUUGGUACUGAUUGCAUGGGGAGUCAUCACGCUUUUAUGUGGCUCAUUCAUCUUUGGGCAGAGCACUUCUAUUGCCAUCAUGCAGGUCUUGAAUAAGCUGUAAUUUCUC